GCUCGAGAUGGUUAUCGGCGGCGUGCCGAGGCUUCCGGCAACACGUUGACAUUGUCCACAUCCUCCGAGCGUAUACAUAGCUCAUCUCACACCCUCGCCACGUCCCCCCCACCUCUCCCCGGCCACCGCAAUGCUCGAAAACAUCUACAUCGCGCGACACGGCUACCGCGCCGACUUUGAGGACAGCAGCGUCCUGACGAGCGUGACGGGCAUGUUCAAGGACCCUCCGCUUGCCGAGUCUGGCCUCAAGCAGGCCGACGAGCUCGCGACGUUCCUCUCCCGCCCGCCCGCUCCCCUCCCCACACCCGACGCGCUCUUCUCCAGCCCGUUCCAUCGCACCAUGCAGACCAUCCAGCCGCUCGCGCUCGCGCUGGAGCAGGACGUCAGCCUCGAGCACGGCGCGGGGGAGUGGUUCUCGCCCGCGGCCCCGGGCUCCGGCCUGCUCCCACGCCCUGCCGGCCCCUCGACGCUGCAGGACCACUUCGACAUGAAACUCGCCGACUACGACGCGACAUACUUCCCCAAACGGGAGGGCGAGAAGCUCGACGACCUGACAGAACGCAUCGAUACUUUCCUGUCCGCGUUCGUGCGCCGCGUCGAGGCUGAGCGGCCAGACGUGCGCACGCUGCUGAUUGUCUCUCACGCCGCGGUGGUGGUACAGGUCGGGCGCGCCCUGACGGGCGACUACGCGCUCGACUUCCCCGCCGCGACGGCCAGCUUGUCGCUUUACCGCCGCAAAGGGCUCUCGAGCCUGUCGGCUGCGCGCGCACAUGGCGGCGUGAGAGGCGAGCUGUUUGGCCCCGGCAAGCCGGUGCUCGGGGACUGGGAGGUCGUGUUUAAGAACAGCGUCGAGCAUCUCUCCGGCGGCGUGCAGCACUCGUGGGGCUUUGCCGACCUCAACCUCUUGCCCAAUGGCGACGUUGUCUUCGACGCUGGCGACGGCAAGCCUUUCACCGACGCCGACUUGCUGCCCGUCGGUCUCGCCGAGGAGUUUAAGGCGUAUGUCAAGUAGAGUAGACUAGCGCAUAGAAUGGACAAUGUGCAGCGUGGACCUUGUCGCUGACCUCUCCUACUACGAAGGCUCCUAACCGACUUUGGUUACCGCUUUUGAUGCCAAGCCAACGGUAUUAUCUGAUCUCGUCGGCGUCGCCAGGUGCUGUGCACGAUCUCCCCCAAAUGAAC